UAAAUCAAGAAGUUUGAUAUCAUAUAACAUAUUGUUUUGAUUGCCAAUUGAUUAAGAUUUUUAGUGGAACGUCUAAAAUGCCCAAUUUUGAUGGCUCACAGCUCCACCAUUUUUUAAGGUAUUUAGAUGAAUUUUAGUUCACAAAAUUUUAUUAUUAUUAAUUUUUAAUGAACUGCGGAAAGUGCUGAAAUUUUGUUCUAUUUAUACAGGUUAUCUCAGAGCGCAAAAGUAACUGUAUAUUUCUACAUCAUUAAAUAGCUUUUCUUGAGAACUUUUUUUUAAACGAGGUUUAUAUCACUUUUUUCGAGUUAUCCCAUAAAUCCAAGAAAAAAUAUAUUCCACAUUUAGACUUAAAAUCAGAUCUUCUACGAAAACAAUGAAUUCUUUUUGAACAACAAAACUCAUUGUAAAGCACUCACUCGGAGGGUUUAUAACAGAAAAUGUAGGGUACAAUACUUUGUAUAUACGUGAACAACAAUGUCUGUCUCUCGUGGCACCAUCAUCCCCUCUUCUUCUUGCGUCACCGGUUGGUAACAAAAAAACCUGUAGAUUUUUCGCCCGGUCGGUAACGUAGGGUAACCGCCUGGCCAGUAGCAAACGGUUGAUGCGUUGAAGCGCCGCUCACUAGAUGGCGCGAGAAGUACGGUGGGUGAGCUUAACACUCAUUUUACCCCGAGACAGUCAUUCAUUCUGAAAAUAAUACCUUCCAUGUAG